AUGUCCGCUGCGUGUUGUGCGGGUGUAGGCAGAGGAAGGUGGAGAGGAGGGGGAAUAAGAAGAAAGAAAAAAAAAAGAGGGAGCAUGCGGCGGGUGAUUGGGGCCUCGGGAUGGCGUUUCAUGGUAACAGCGGGUGCUCUCGCGAAGGGUGAAUUCGGCUGCUUCUCAUCGUUCUACUCCUCCACCGCUACCUCCUCUUUUGUCAUGAUGCAACGGGCCCACCGAAGCCAGCGGCGGGAGCGGCCACCGCUGCGGCACCAAAAGCGACCACGACAAGACGAGAGUCAUCAACGUCGCAGCCAUCACGAGGAUGGAAGGAAAGCCGCGAAACCUCUCGGUCGUCAAAAGGGGGGAUUGCCGGGUCAACAGACAGCCGACGGCGGGGCGAGAGGCAGUGACGCGGGACGGCGGCACAACGAGGCGGUGACACCAGAAACACAGUUGACUGAAAAGGUCUCGGCGACAACCGCCGGCCGCUUUUCACACCGUCAUGGCGGGUUCGUACAAAAAGUAUUGGAACGUGGUGCCGGUCGAGUUGUCACGGGCGGGGCGCGUCCACGAAGGAAACAGGAGGAGGUUGAGCCGCGUGUGUCAUUGGCCGCAUUUGAGCGUCUUCUCAAAGUACAUGUGGCGAUGAGGAACAACUACGAAUGCCUUCAACGGAAUCAUCAAGUUGUGAAGAGUUUUUCAAUGGCUUGUGCGGAAGCUUUGCUGCAUUUAGGGUUGGCACGAUGUCGUGCAGGGAAGAAUGAAGGGAAGAGGGAGGGGACCACUUCUGAUAUAAUAGUGAAUAUUUGUAACGAGUCCUCGGCCAAGGGCGAAGAGGUGUCCUCAGCGCCACCGCCCCUUCUCUUGUCCGCGGACACGCCGCUUUACACGACGCCGAUCAGCUUCCCACCACCGCCCGUAGAGGCCCUACUGCACAUGACCGGGUCAUCCAAAUGCAGAAAGGACGGUGACAGCGGGGAGUUGUUGCUGGCCGCCAUGGAGGUUGUAGACGGCACGAACGUUGAGGGAUUAGUUGAGGAUUCUGAAACGGUUACGAAAGGUCGCGCUCAUGACACGGAUCCCACAGUCUCAUGGGGCGCCAAUCCGCCAGGUGUAGAGAGUCUUCUUGCAUGCUUGCAAGGUGUACCGAUGACGGACAUUAUAAAGCUCAUGGAAACCGUCGCCUACUUUAAAUGGAUAAAGGAUGAAGAGGUGCUGGAGUGGAAGAAGGGGUCUGCGGUGGAACAACUGCGUCGUGAGAUCUCCGCGCUCUAUGCCGCUACUACGAAGAAGAAGGAGACGACAUCAACACCUGACGUUUCUGAUGAGGCAAACGAGGCACUUUGUGUAGUUGAACACACGUCAAAAACGUUACUGAACCGCAUUUCCCGCGUUGAUUGCGUAGCAACAGCGGCGGCGUCUUUUGCAACAACAGAUUCUUAUGUGCAUGUUAUUGACCUCAUGUUAAAUGUAUUAAUGCGUGUGUGCCUGUGGAAAUGGCCUCGAAUGUCAUGUGUGGAUCAGAUGUCUGUUGUGCUCAUAGCCACAUUUCCCUGGUUUUCUCGUGAUUUAAGUGUCGAGGCUGCAUCAUGGAUGACGUAUUAUCAUUUGCUUGCCAUUUCAGACAAGGACGUGAACAUGAAUCAUUAUCGACUAUUUUUAUAUAUGCAGCGUAUCCGUCGACUUUGCUGGCCGUCUGUGCAGGAUUUAAGCUCAAACAUUGUCCGAAAGUUGUUUUUUUUAAGGGAGACGUCGGAUUCAACAGGAAACGCGGAAAAGGACUCAAAUAAUGACACGAGAGAAAUGCAACAUGAAGAGCCCGAGGAAGCAGAAACGGAUGCAAAGCUUAUUCCCUCACUUAAAGAUGUUGCAUGUAUUCUGUACGGCUCACAAGAGAAGCAGCGUGCGGCAUACGAGUGUCUGUUGGUAUGGUUAAAGCAAUCCGAUCAGUUUGACCUUCGCCUUGCCUCGCCAAAUGGACGUUACGUCGGUGCCAUUGGUAUCGCUAUUGUCGAUAUUGAUCGCUUUGCGAUGGAGCGAUUUGGCAGUGAGAUUCUGAAGGGUGAGUGGGUUCUGCUACGCGUGUCGGGGAAAAACGUACCGGCAUUGAAACGAGUUACACAAUGCACCCAAACGCCAUAUGCCUUGACACGACUUUUUUUCUGCGGCUACCACAAUCCGCUCUCACACAUAUGGCAUGGCAUCCAUGCGGCUCGGCGGGAUUUGCUGUGGAGUGCGUGGCUCCGCAGUGUUGCUCGACCGAUGGUGGAGGCCAUCCUUCCUGGCUCUGCUAGCAGGGAGGACAAGGGAGGAGAGGUAUGUGCAUCCCAGUUUAUAGAACCCUUGCUUGCCAGUCUAAUUUCUGAUGUGGUGUUUCAGCGAUUAAUCACACAACUUGUUAUUCUUUCGUUGAACAAAAUGAGUGCUGCAGUCAAUAUGCAGCCGUUUGAUAUUAUGUGCGUGCGGCUUAUUGAGACAGUCUACACCGGCGCUCUUGUCCUUUACUGCGUCUCUCUCAAUAAAUCUGCUGUCGAUGCUCCUCCGGAGGCGACACCUGGCGCGACUAAGAAUAAAAGCCCGGUGGAGGGAAAUGCACCGGAACAGCAGCAAACACCUGCGUCUGUUGCGAUCCGGCGCGCAUUUAGAGAGGUCAUCUCUGCCAUGGUGCGAAUACUGAGUGCGGAACACGUCCCGCUGGUACACCGGCUUCUUGACGCGUUGUUUGGGGUUUGGAUCAAUGACACCGCCAGGGAAACGCCCCUGGACGGCAUCCGAAAGGAAAUUUCAACCAUCUGCGACGAAAAGACUUAUAACAUGCUGAAUGAGUGGCUGAACCGACGAGCAAAUUUGCUUUUGGUGAAGGUGGCACUGCUGGAGGAUCCGCUUCUUCGCAGCUGGCAACAAGCCGUGCAGGAAGUGGAUGCAGGUCUGCCAACGACACUCCCCACUCUGAUGGAGUGUUUUGUGGGACUGCUGGGGCUGCUGGAAAAACGGGGCCAUCCAAUCCUGAACACCGAGCAGAAGAAGAAGCAGCAGCAGUCUGCUGUCGAUGAGGCCAUGGCUGUUGGAAAUGCCGCGGGUUCCUGUGCAACGGUGUUUACUUUGCCUGAGCUUGAGGUGAUUCUGACUGUGUUUUCCCGAGCCAUUCUUUACCGCGUUUCAACACUAAAAACUCUAGGGCUGACCUCAAUCUCACAAGAAUUUGCUGCCCUCAUGACGUCAUUGAAUGGCGAUGGGGGAGACAACAGGGACGGUGGGAGCAGCAGCAAUAAUAAUACCAAUAAUAAUAACAAUAAUAAUAAUAAUAUGAGUAGUAGUAGUGGUAGUGGAAACACCAACAGGAACAACAUGGAAGGAAGAAAUACCGCUACUUCUGCUUCUACUGCUGUUACUGCCUGCACCACCACCGCCACUCCCAUGUUAACUGCUGAUCACGUUAUGCUCCUGGAGAAAAUCCUUUCGGCUGAAGUUGAAUCCAAAGCAGACGGGUUGACGUGGGGCUCUCUCCUCGAAGCCAUCCUGUUGCACCUUGCGCCGUACAGCAUACUAGAAAGCUCAUACAAUGCUUCUUCUAAUAGCGAAGCGGCGGGCACUAGUGGAAAUGUUGCCCCAGUGAAAAAAUUGGAGGAGGACAUGCAAGUGUGCCACCACAAGCGCCUUGUGAGCAGUGUUGUGCUUUUCCGGUGUUACGUCUUUGCGACGACACAUGAUGGGGGGUGGGCGGAUGCCACAUUACUGCCUCAAAUUUCUGAACAGGAGACGGAUGUGAGCCAUGCGAGUGACAGCGGGGAUGUAGCCGUAUCCCACGGUCAAAGUGCUCAGUUGCGUGAAAUAACAUGGUUGCUUUUAGAGGUCUUUGUGAAGAAUUGGGCGAGAAACUCAAAAAAUACGAAUACGAAGAGGAAAACUGCAGCAGGAGAUGCGGGCACUACGGAGAAGGCGGAAGGAACUAUGCGGCAGGAGCAAUUUGAAUACAUUCUUGCUUGUCAUGCUCUGGUGGUCUACAUGCGUCUUGCACCUUUAUUCUCGACACGCUCACUCUCUCUGCAAGAGGCAUACGAGCAGUUUUUGCAUUUCGCUGAGCACACGACGACUACCUUUGCCGGGAACCAGUACAAUGGAUGCGACUUGUUGUUUUUGUGGUUGGCUGCAAGCGCCAACGCCUUGGGUGUGCACUUCUCCCCUGCGCAGAAUUACAACUGGUCGACGGUGGGAGGGGUGACGAAACUGGGAUCAGGCAGCAUGAAAAUAACCGCCUCGCUGGGAGAGGGGACGAUGCGCCUCAUUCAAAUCCUCGCACCGUAUGUGCAGAGCGAAACUCUUCGAAUGAACCCUCGCGUGAAGUUUCUUGUUAACAUAAUUGUGGCUAUCCACACAUUUGGGAAGUUGGGCAUUCACAUGGAUACGGGGGGUCUAAACAUGGAUCAGCUACUGCUACGUACUAGCUCAGAUCGACGGCUGCUGCAUCGCCACCUCAAUCUCUUUCUUGUUGGAUGCUCCGCAUUACCCGGCACACGACACGCGUUGCUAAACGUCGCCUCUUUUCUCCGCGAGGCGCGGUGCCUUCUUUCAGCGGCGGAAAUAGAUCGGGCCCUUGUGGCAGUUGCUCUCUCUGCUAACGCUUUUGCAAAAAAUCAUGAGGCGCAAGCUGAUCUCCAGCAGAACGGUGGCCUUCUGGAUGUCACCCACAGCACCGCUCCUACGAUGCGUGUGCCGCCCACGCAACUUCGACACGCGUGGAACGCCUUGACACGUUCUGUUUUGGAGCGCGCGGAGGGGAUGCCGACGAGUGUUUUUGUGCGGGGUGUACAGUGCGCUGGCGCUGUGGCGUGCGUCGAUACAAUUUUGUGCCAACAGCUUCUCUCUUUCCUGGUGGAGUUUCGGCGGGACGAACUCUCGUUAUUAGACUGGACGGCGAUUCUCCACACGGCGCGGCAGUCCUUUGAGAGCCGAAGAAUAUUUGAGGAAUAUUUGCAGGAGCCACUGACCUUGUUGCUUUUGUCCAUGUCGAAGGAAAAUGGCAGGGGAAACGCAUUGGAAAGUCAGCAUGUAAUAUCGAGUGGAAAACGAUUAGUGGAUGAUCUUUCCCUCUUUGUAGAGGCACUGCCGGAGUUGUUCACAGGUGAUGCGGAGUUUUGGGGGCUGGUGCGCACCGCUCUUAAGGUCCAGUGGAUCGCACAAUUCAAUGCCGCGAGUAGCAGUGAACAGCACCAGCAGCAGUUGACAUUGUGCCUACAGGAUCUUGCAAGGAGCUAUGAGUGGGCCGUGCGCACUGCCGGGCAUCACGAAUUGGGUGCGAUUCCUAUUGUGUAG